AUGGCUAAAUCACUAUAUCUAGAGGAAGACUACAAACCAAAAGUUCAUACCCCUAGAACAAAAAGUUUAUCCUUCUUUGCCUCUAUUUUCUCCCUUUUCAUCUACAUAUGUGUCUUCUAUACCUUCAACCUAUCUCCUUAUUCUCUCCUCAACAACAACAUCUUUUGGUUUUUCAUGUCCAACACCCUCAUUCUCAUUAUUGCUGCUGACUAUGGAGCAUUCUCUUCAUCCAGAAAGAAAGAAGAUCUCUAUGAAGAGUAUGUUCAACACAAUCAAGCAAGAAACUAUGCCACCCCAUACGUACCCAAAUAUGAUGGACAAGUUCAUAAGCAAUGCAUUAAUCCCAAACAAGAGCUAGGUUGUAAGCUGUUAGAAGAGAAGAAAAAAACUACCUCUGAUCAAAAUAUCCCAGAACGUGUUCUUGAAAUCGUGGUACUAAACCAACCUAAGAAACCUAGUGAGUGCUCCAAUGAGAAAAGGCCAGAACUUCAUGUGCAUGAUGGUAAUGAAAAAAUUGAGGAGAAAGCAAUUCCCGCAAGAAUUUACCGGCGAAGUAAGUCUGAUAGAUCCAAUAGACAAAAGCAUGUAAUGAAUGAGGAGAGAGUGUGCAUGGUGCAAAGAUCAGAGACUGUGAAGGUAAUAGCUGUUCAAGAAGAAAAUGAGUUUUCAAAGAUGUCAAAUGAGGAUCUUAAUAGGAGGAUAGAGGAGUUUAUUCAUAAAAUUAAAUCUCAGGCAACUAGAAAAGUCUAUCAAAUUUAG